GUGGCGCGUGGCAGCGGACUGCGUGCGCCCGGUUGGGCCUGACACGGCCAAAAUGAGCCAAAAAACGGGCCAAAAACGAGCCAAAAUGGGCUAAAGUGAGGUUAAAGCGCACCCACAUCCCGAAGGGGAUUGAAAUAAGAGCCACGGGGUCGGACUGGGCGGGAGGGGGGCGCAGCGGGCCCUGCUGGGCAGGGUGAGGCUUCCUGGGGUGGAGCAGGCCGCAGUGGGACAGAUGGGAGUAAAUGGGACAGAAGUGGGAGAAGGGGGGGGGUCACUCAGAGCCUUAAUGGGAACAUUCCAGAGCCGGACCGUGCCGUGCUGGGGCUGUGUGUGAUCCUCUGGGGGCCCGCUGGGACUGACGGGGGUGAACGGGGCUGAGCUGAGGCCGGAGGGGGAGAAAAUGGGGUCAAGGUCGUCGUGUGGCGCAUUGGGCCGCACUGGGAUCCCGUGGGGCCUGGCUGCUCCCCGCCCUCGCAACGCCUCGGUGGGGGUUCCCCUUCCCGCGCUGUGGUUUGGCACAGGGGGGCCCCCCCCGGAUGCCCGGGUCCCCAUGGGCUGUGCCUCAGUUUCCCCUUCCGCCGCGCUGCCUUGUGGGGAGCUGGGGGGUGGGGGGGGCCGCCAGCUCCGCGCCGCCGCUGCCGCCACCGCCGGCGUCGAGGGGGGGGCGUCACGGGGUGGGGGGGGCACCGCCAUGGACCCCCGGCUGCUCCGCAUCGCCGCCCGCGACCCCCAGGAAGACUUUGAGGUGCUGCAGCGCCUCGGGGGGGGCACCUAUGGGGACGUCUUCAAGGCCCGCAGCAAGGCCACCGGAGAGCUGGCUGCUAUCAAGGUGGUCAAGAUGGAAGCAGACGACGACUGCGCCACGAUCCAGCAGGAGAUCCUGAUGAUCCGCUCCUGCCAGCACCCCAACAUCGUCGCCUACUUUGGCAGCUACAGCUGGUGCAACAAGCUGUGGAUCUGCAUGGAGCUGUGCGGUGGGGGCUCCCUGCAGGACAUCUACAAUGUGACCGGACCCCUCUCAGAGCCACAGAUCGCAUAUGUGUGCAGGGAGACCCUGGAGGGGUUGUCCUACCUGCACUGCCAGGGCAAGAUCCACCGUGAUAUCAAGGGAGCCAACAUCCUCAUCAACGACAGCGGGGAGGUGAAGCUGGCCGAUUUUGGGAUCGCAGCGCAGAUCAGUGCCACCUUCGCCCGACGAAUGUCCUUCAUCGGCACCCCGUACUGGAUGGCCCCUGAGGUGGCGGCAGUGGAGCUGAAGGGGGGUUACAAUGAGCUCUGCGAUGUGUGGUCGGUGGGCAUCACUGCGGUGGAGCUGGCGGAGCUGCAGCCCCCCCUGUUCGAUGUACACCCCCUGAGAGUGCUCUUCCUGAUGUCCAAAAGCGGGUACCAGCCCCCCAAGCUGAAGGACAAAGCCAAAUGGACCCCCGCCUUCCACAACUUCGUCAAGGUGACGCUCACCAAGAACCCCAAAAAGCGGCCGAGCGCCACCAAAAUGCUCAGCCACCAGUUUGUGGCCCAGCCGGGGCUGAGCCGGACCCUCACCCUGGAGCUGCUGGAGAGGGUGCACGACCCCGAGAGGGGCCCGGGGGGCUGCGACCCCGAUGAGGAGGAGCCCGAGCUGCCCCCCCCCGUACCCCGCCGGAUCCACUCGACCCACCGCCCCCACCCCGGUGGGCGCUGCGACGCCGACCUGGAAUUGCACCCCCCCAGCAGAGCCCCGUGCUGGCGGAAGGAAGGCGACCUGGUGGUGCCAUCAGCAAAGCCCAGCAGUGGCCGGAGGGGAGGGGGCUCCGAGGGCAGCACACGCGCUGAUGCAUCGGACUCGGAGAACGACUACGACGACGUUGACAUACCGACCCGCUGUGACGCCAACAGCAGCACGCUGCCUGCCGACGUGCCCCCCCCGCUGCCCCCCAAGCCCAAGUUCCGCUCCGGCUCUGCCGAAGCCCCCCCCGAGGACCCCCUCCCACGGCUCCCGAGGAGGCAGUUCCUGGAGCAGCCGCCCCCCCCAGCCCUGGUGCGCUGCGCCAGCGGCCCCGUGGGGGGGCCGAGACCCCCACCUUCCACCCAGGGGACGGCGCUGUCUGCCAGUUCAGACCCCAUGCUGUACAGCGACGACCGUCCCCUGCUGCCCCCCAAGAUGGAGAAGAGCCGGAAGGACAGAUCUCUGUUCAGGAAGGUGUUUGAUGGGUGUCCCCUGCAUGUGACAGCCGCCGCCACCUGGACGCACCCCGGCACCCAAGACCCCCACCUCAUUCUGGGUGCCGAGGAGGGGAUCUUCACCCUGAACCAGAGCGAGCGCGAGGCCACGCUAGAGCUGCUCUACCACAGCCGCACCUCCUGGCUUUAUGUCAUUGGGAACGUCCUCAUGUCGGUGUCGGGGAAGACCCCCCAGCUGUACUCGCACGGUCUGCUGGGCCUCUACGAGCAGAGCCGGAGGGAACAGCGCCCCGGGGGGCACCUCUCCCCCCACCGCCUGCUGCCCAGGAAGAACGUCACCUCCACCAAAAUCCCCGACACCAAAGGCUGCCGGACGUGCUGCGUGGCCCGCAACGCACACACGGGGUGCCAUUACCUGUGCGGGGCGCUGGAUGCCGGCGUGGUGCUGCUGCAGUGGUAUGAGCCCAUGCAGAAGUUCCUGCUCGUUAAGCACUUUGACUUCCCGCUGCCGUCACCGCUGCGCGUCUUUGAGAUGCUGGUGAGCCCCAUGGAGGAGUACCCCAGUGUCUGCAUCGGGGUCAGCCCCGGCCCCUCGCCCGCCCGCCCCGUCCUCUUCCACACCAUCAACCUCAACUCCCUCAGCUCCUGGUUCACCCGCGCCGGCACCGAGCCGUCGUGCCCCGGCCCUGUGCAGGUGACGCAGUUGGACAGCGAAACGGUGCUGGUGCUGCUGGACCGCAGUGUGAAGGUGGUCACCCUGCAGGGAGCCCCAGCGCGGCACCCCGACGUCGCCUUCGAUGUGGACGUGGAGUCCGUGGCGCUGUCCCGCAGCCGCAUUCAGGCCUUCUGGCGCCACGGGGUGCAGGUGCUCCAGAUGGGCUCCGUGCAGCUGAUGGAGGAGCUGCGGGAUCAGCGCUGGACCUUCCGCCUGCUCAGCUCCCAAAGCACUGUGGUCCUGGAGACGCGUCCCACCGACGAGCCCAACGCUCCCAGCAACAUCUACAUCCAGGAUUGACCCCCCCCCCAACCCCCCACGACCCCCCCCCCCAACUUUACCAUCGAUUGUAAUUAUUUGUACCCCAAAAGUGAGAAAAAAAAAAAAAGAAAAAACAACAACAAAAAAAA